AGUCGCAGGGCAGUAACUCUUCCCACGUCAUGUAUGUUAUAAUGUUACAUCUGAUGCGAUACGUGAAAGAUAUGAAAGAUAUACUGUAACUAAAAAGGACUAGACAGCACAACCGACAAUAUAUAAGUCUUUUUAUGAACUAAUCAUUACUAAGUUGUCAAAUUUAUUGAAAGAUCCAACAAUGAAGUUCUACAACCUUUUGCCUUUGACAUUUUUCUUAUUUUCAUUAUUUUUACUUGGACAUGUAUUAUCUGAAGAUGUGGUUCAGGAUAAUUCAGAAGAAUCCAAAGCAAAGGCCAUUCAUGGGCAUGAGCUUGAAGAUUCAUCAGAGGAAGAAUCAUUGGUGUCAUAUAUGAAGUACAAAAUAUCACACUCUGAAUUUCUUCAUGGUUUUAUAGCCUCAUUAUCUAUGAUAAUAGUUUCUGAGAUUGGUGAUAAGACAUUCUUUAUUGCUGCCAUUAUGGCGAUGCGUCAUUCCAGAACAACUGUGCUAGCAGGCGCCCUAGGAGCUCUUGUUUUCAUGACAAUACUCUCAGCUUUGCUCGGCUUUGCAACGACAAUCAUACCUCGAACAGUAACACACUAUGCAUCUUCUGUACUUUUUGCUGUGUUUGGCCUCAAGAUGCUGAAAGAUGGGUGGGGCAUGUCGCCGGAUGAGGCCCAGGAAGAGUACGAGGAAGUGCAGGCCGAAAUAAAAAAGAAAGAGGAUGAGAUGUAUUCUACAACCCAAGAUAUAGAGACUGGCAUAAUACGAGGCCCGAAGAGAAACAUAUUCUCGUUAUUGUUUAGUGCUGUAUUCAUAGAGGCAUUUGUUCUCACCUUUUUGGCCGAGUGGGGUGACAGAUCCCAAAUAGCGACCAUUAUUCUAGCAGCCCGGGAGGAUGUGUAUGGUGUGAUGCUGGGUGGGUUCCUGGGCCAUGCCAUGUGUACGGGUCUCGCAGUGCUCGGGGGACGCAUCGUAGCUCAGAAAAUCUCUGCUAGGACAGUUACGUUAGCUGGUGGUGUAGUUUUCCUCCUGUUUGCCAUAACAGCCUUCAUGAUGGGACCCGACUAGCCUGACCCUGGUUGCCUGGCCAACAAUGACAUGUUCCCGUCAUCCAUUUAGGGGCACUCAACAUGUCACUUACAGUCAUACCCUUCACUUAGACACUUCAAAGAUUCCGCUAGUUACUGAAUGUUUUGACUCACUAACUAGACAUGUUUUCCUCCAUUGAUUGUUAUUUGUCUUUGAUCUCAAAAUAGCUUAUUAUGUUAUAGAACUGGUAGAAAAAAGAUUUAGAAAGCAAAGAAAGAACUACAAAGUACUCAAGUUGUUCAGAAAUUUUCUGGACAGUCUUGAAAUAUUAAUGUACUACUCAAACUUUGCAAGGAUUGCCCAUUAUUAUUUUGAUUUAAGAAUAUAGAGCUGUUAAACAAUUGAUUUGCCCCUAUACGUUAUCAACAGUAUUUAAUCCGACAUUUUGAGAUAAAAUGAUCAUUUUGUCAAAAGAAGUGAUCUGACAUCAUAAAUGACAUCAAGAUAAAUAUUGAAGUUUUUUUAUACAAUAUAUGCAUAAGAAACCAUGCAAUUUCUAUUAAUUUUUUGUACUUGAGUUAUGGCCCUUGGCAUUAUCAAGUGGUAAGCAUGUUUUGCUGAUUUUCUCGUAAACUUCUUAUAAUCCUGUAACAGUUUCUUUUGAUUGGACAAAUAGGCAUUGUAUCUGUAUCUACAGUCUAAGAUUUCCAGGUGGAACACCUAUAUUAGGGAAUGUUUGUAUUAGCCCUAGGAGAUCUUCAGCAGAAUUUAAGUGGUAUAUCAUCUUGAUAUGAAAAUGAAUUUAUUACCAUGGAGCACAAGGGCAAGUUUGAUUUUAUAAUGUGAGGUGUGCAUAUUAAGUAAUAUGCCCAGUCAUAAAACUAUUGAACCCAUUCAUUGAUAUUAUACUUGUUUACAUUUCUUGCCAGGCUGUUUGUUGACUCGAUUAUCAACAUCUGCUUUAAAGAGAUGUAAAUAUGGAGGUGUAAAACUCAACACUAUUAUGAAUACAUUGUAUUUAGAAUUAUAGACACAUAUGAGAUAAUGAUAACUGCUUUCAAUUGUUAUCUCUGUAGUUGUAAAAUUUUGCGAUAUUCGCAUCUUAAAUGUUUGUAACGUUAUUUUUUUUGCUUCAUUUUUGAUGUUAUGUGUACUACUCUUUACAAAGCAAAUGUUGGUGCAUUGAUCUUAUUGUUGCACAUUAUUUAACAGCCACAUUUCUGUACAAACAUUUGCCCCAUUUCUGUGCUCUCUGAGAUAUUUUAGGUCGCAGUCUGUGAUAUCUGUGUAGUGUCACUAUUAUAACAGCAAGAUAUAUUUUAAAUUGUAAAUAGUUAAUGUACUGUAAGUGGGUUAGUUGAACAUUAUUCACUCUAUACUGCAUAGUUCUUUAUGAAUGUAAGGUUGAUGAAAGGAAUUUUCAUAAAGUAAAAUAUACCGUAGUUUUUUUGUACCAAAAAUUGAACGUUUUUGGAAAGGAUAUGUCUUAAAUUUUGUCUUCUAAAUGUGUGGUAUAAAACAUUUAGUAUUAUGUGUGAUAGGUCUGUAAUUUACAUUCCUAUAUUAGUCUUGCAUGAUCUUGUGCACCUAUUUGAUUUGUCAUGUUACACACAUGUAAGGUUAGCGAGGGUAAGAUCACCUUUUCCAGGUGCGUGGAAGUAGAAAUACUCAUAGUGCUUGCUGGUUUAAUGUAUCUAUGAUGUAGUGUGUGAAGCUGCACCAGUGGCUGAAAUAUUAUAUUUUUCCACCAUUUGUUUAUUGAAUCAUGUAGAAGUACUUGUUGUACCAUGUCAGGUGUUAUCAAGUUAUUGACAUUGAGUGUAUAUAUUAGGUAAAUACCAUUACAAGAAUAAAAAGUGGAAUAAACGUUUUACAGAUUUG